ACGCUGCUUGGGCCGCUAACGACGGCCUGGUCCAUGCCAGAUAGCUGCACCGUCCAUGUGCGGAACUGCGCAACCUGCAACGAGGGCUUCAGAGGUCAGCAAUGCGUGUCGGGCCAGCCCGAGGAUCACACCACGUGCUGGCCUCCGGCCGUCAAGGCGAACGAGCCGCCCCAGCACCCUUUUGUCGGAUGGGGCUUCUACUCUCCCGGCCUGGUAUGCCCAUCCGGCUACACGACCGCUUGCACGGCCGAGUACGGCGGGAGACCAGAGUGGGAGAUUGAGUUCACCUUGAUCCCGGGAGAGACGGCAGUUGGGUGCUGUCCCGAGGGGUUCAAGUGCACCAACAAGAACGGCAACACUUGCAUCGCCGUCGAGACGGGGCUGAGAGUUGCCACCGGCUUCUGUUCCGGAUCGCAGCUGGCUGAUCUCGCCCAGGCUACCUUUCCGGCAUUCGUGGUCUUUUUGGCGCCCAUGUUCCAGCUGAAUUUCCAGUCGUCAGACCUUGUAACCUCAACAGCCCGACCGCCCACAUCGGCGUCGAGUGGUCAGUCGGGGGGAGGAAGCGGGUUGUCGACGGGCGCAACAGCCGGGAUCGCCGUCGGCGCGGCGCUGGGGGGCGUACUCCUGGGCAUACUGGCGAUUGUUCUGUUUAUCCGGAACCGAAGGAAAAAG